CCUGCAGCUAAUCACACCCGUCUGUUGUUCUCCGACUGCAGCGCCUCCCCAUUGAUCAAUUAAUUUGAUUAAUUCUUCUUUUGGGAUUAUAUUUCUCCCCCAUUAUUCUGCUUAACACCAUGCCCUUGACCCUGGCCCGACGCGGCGUGGGUGCCUUGCGACACCUGAGCUUGAGCGACACUUUCUCCCGCCCUGUCUGCAAAACAAUCGCCCAAAGCCACGCCAGGCGCAUCAGCUUGGCCGCGAAUAAUGGCGCUCUACAUCCGAGCGGUCGCCAUGUGUCCGCUGCCGCCGUCCUGCCGAAAACACUAGCCAACGGCUACGCUACGAAGAGCACGUCCGACGGAGCUGCCAAAUCCACCGAGGGCAAGAGAACGACCAAGGUCAAGACGACCACGACCAAGACUAUCAAGGCCAAGAAGACCAAGAAGCCGGCGCCCAAGAAAGUCCUGACCGAGGAGCAGAAGGAGGCGGCCGAUGAGAAGAAGAAGAUCCUGAAGUUGAAGCAGCUGAUCAAGGAGCUGAAGGCGACGGCCCUGACGCCGCCCAAGCAACUUCCCUCGCAGCCUCAUCUGCUGGCCAUUGGCGAAAAGAGGAAGGCACUCGAAAGAGGACCGGAUGAAAGCAUGCCGGACGUGUUCCGCAGGGCUGUGGCACUGUCCCGUUCGAUCUCUGCCGAAGAGCAGCAGAAAUUUGCCGCGCAAGCAGAGGCCAACAGAAAGACCAAUGCGACUACGCGCGAGGAGUGGAUCAAAUCCCACACUCCUCUCCAGAUCAAAGACGCCAACCACGCGCGCCGGAGACUGGCGAACCUCACAAACAAGAAGGCGGCCCUCCUUCACGACGACAGACUAGUCAAGAGGCCUAGCAGCGCGUACGCUCAGUUCCUUCAGGAGCGCAUCCGGAAUGGCGACUUCAAAUACAUGAGCGUGGUUGAGAUCGGCCAGCGAACUGGCGAGGAGUGGAAUGGAAUGACUGAGCCUGAGAAAGCGAAAUACCGUGAACUCGAAGUGGCCGACAAGAACCGUUAUCAUCAAGAAUACCUGGAAGUAUACGGCGAAGAGCCCGGCUUUAUCACCAGGGCCAAUAAGGCCGAGGCCGAGGCCUGAGUGUGGGAAAUGUGUUAGAUGAGCAGGGCUCGGUUGGUGUUCUUUCGGGUUAUGAAGCCUGGUGUUGUCGUGAAUUGAUUUAUGCAGCGGGGAUGACUGCUCAAUCAUUACGGCCCAGGCUAGUUCUUUCAUUUGACUUUCCCUUUUCCUCUUUGGUAAUCUCUUUUUGACGUCCUGUAUUGUGUUUCUACGACUCACUGCUGUAUCUUUUAUCCGAGUAUUGCUGUUACGUGUGUUUAAACGAUGCGCAGCUUGUUAUAUGAAGCAGUAUGUGGAUCUCGCCGGUCGUAAACAUAUGGAAG